UCGUAGUUUUAUUACUAAAUUUUCGUCAGAUUAGUGCGUGCUGCAUAUUUCUAUUCAUGUGUAACAUCAAUGAAUCGUAAUGUGGAUUUACCACACAAUUUCACAUAUUGGUAAUAAUUUCUUCAAAUUAAUUCUCAAUAACGUGUUUAUCUAGUUCCAGUAUGGCUGUGUUGAAGACUAUUUGUAUAUUUUUCAUCCUAAUUUCCGAGGUAUAUUUGCAUGCGACCGAAUUCGAAGAUGCCUUCAGCACAGCAAUUCCUGGUGGCUUUGCAUUCGAUAAAGCUAAAAUGAGUGAUUUAGUCAAGAAAUUCAUGGAACAUUUCAAGAAUCCAGAUUCCAUGAAUAUGCCACUCCCAGUGCCAGACCCGUUACCUAUGCCUGAUCGAGAAUAUCCUUUAUUAGCCAAAGUAUACACCUCAAACGUAUCAGCAUUUGGAGUAUCUCACCUAAAAAUCGAAAAUUUAACCUCCGAUUUUGUAGAAAUGAAGGUUCACUUCGGUCUUCGAAUGCCAAAGCUCGAAAUUACAGGAGAUUAUUUCUACAAAUGGUUAUUUCAAAAUUACUCCGGUGAUUUCAACGUUACCAUUAUAAAUGCUCUAUCAGACUGCAACGCUCAACUCGAGGUUACUCGUUUCGGUGAACUUGAAGUAGCCGAUAUUAAAAUGGAACUUAGCACCAGAGAUAAAAUUCAUUUCAACGUACAGAAUGCGGGAAUGAUUGGGUUCGUGUUGAAUAGCUUGGGCGAGGUGAUCUUCGACGGUAUAAAACCAUACAUAUUUAAAAUAAUCAACGGUAACAUUCGAGGGAACAUCAACGAACAUCUGAAAAAAUUAAAAGUAAUGUUUCCGAAUUCAAUACCACCUAUAGAUUUAGCCAUCGCAGAAGCUCGGAAAUUUGUUCGUAAUAACGAAUGGGAUCCUUACUUUGUGCCGGAUUAUCAAUACGCUACAAGUAUCUACAGCAUCGAUAUCACUCAAAACGUUGUCAUGGGAUUGUCAUCGUUUUACCGAGUUGGUAAUGUUAAAGUACUGAUGGAUAAUUUAACGUUGUUCAUCGAAGCUAACAUCGCAACGGAAACUUUGGAAGGUAUGUGUAACUGGGAAGCAGGCAUUGCUGGUAUUUUAACCAAAUCAGGAAUGAUGUCUUUUACCGUUGAGUAUAUUAAAGUAAUGAUACUAAUUGGACAACCUCUCGAUAUCAGAAAGAAACCCAAAGUUACUGACAUAAAUAUCAAAGUUGGUAAUGUUCAGUUGAGAAUGGAUGGCUCCGGAUUACCGGAUUAUAUCGCAGAGUUCGCCGUCAACGUAGUACCAAAUAUACUCCGGUAUCAAAUUGUUCAAGCUGCUGAGAUGCCUAUCAAAAGGAAGAUACAAGAAGUACUCGAUAAUACAGAUAUUGAACAGGCGAUUUUGGAGAAGUUGCCUAUUAUAGACCGACAGCUGUAUAAAACUGAUGUCAGCGUGAUUGAAGAUAGCUUUGUUGAAGAAGGAUUAGUACUCAAGGGAAAAGAAUUAGAUCAAGAAUUAAUUUUGUAAAAAAAAAGUCUACUUAUUUGAGUAGGAGUACUACAGAUAACUAGGUAUGAAGAUUUCGAUACGAAAUGAUCGAAAAGUAUUAUGAUGUAUUUUUAAUUAUCAACUUCUGUGAAUUAUUAAUUAGUGAUUUAUUUAUAAUAAAUUAACUGGCUCCAAAAAAUUAA